GCAUUCAUCCCACAACACAACAUCAAUCUUCACAACAAAUCACAUUCUUCCAUAACGAGUCCUCAUUUGCCGAAAUCCAUCUACGAUACCACAGAUCCCCACAAGACUAAGUUCGAAUCACGGCACAACUCAACAAUUCAACUGCUCGAAAUACACAAGUGCAAUCUAAAACAGAAUCACCAAAAAUCAAAACGAAAAUCAUAUAAUAAAUCCACAUUUCAAACCAACGGAUGUAAAGAAAAACGAAAGUUACAAGCAGAGUCAAAAUCGGGCCUCGAUCCUCUGGCGGAGAAAGGUCCGUUUUUCGGCACGAGUCCAUUGGACGAUCUCCUUGCAGAGGGAGAUUUGGAGGUCGGAUGUGCCGGGGAUUUUGGCCACGGCAUCGAUUAUGACGCGGACGAUCUUGGCCGUCUUGGCCUUGGGGAUGAGGGAGAAGAAAGGCCGGAGCUUGGUCAGGAGGCUCUGGAGGUCGUGGGCCCGGCCUUCCUGCCUGAGGAGGUCUGCAAGGUUGUUGAUGGCUUGUUCUUUGAUGCGCAGGGCCUCGGGGGAGGAUGA